UCUUCCUCUUUGUCGCCAUUUCCUUUAGGAAAAUGUGAAUACGAAACUCAUGCGCUUUCUUUCUCUCUCUUCUUCUACAUUCUGGUUCUCAAUCCUCCAUUAUCAUCUUAGCCUCUAUGUGUUAUUAUGCUUCUUUUCAUCAUGAAUCCAACCCUAUGUACCUAUAGUUUUUUCCCUUUCUUCUGAUAUAAAUUAAUAAAUCUUCCACAUUGUAAAUAAUAUAUAUGAUGAUGAAUCUUCCUAACCAGACAAGGAAGGUUCCUUUUGUAACAUUUGUUGUAUUAAUAAGCUUCAUUGUGGGGCCAAAGCUAGUUUUUGGUCAGAGUAGUGACGGAGAAGGAGGUGGUGGUGGUGGCGGUGGCGCUCUUGAGAUAUUAGCCCAAGAUGUAUAUAGUGGCAUGGCCAAUUAUACAUCUGUGUUCAAGAAAGUAAUAAAACAACAGUUGGGUUAUUGCGUAGUUGAUGUGGACGCUGAUUGGAAUGGGGCAUUCAAUUUCAGCAAAGAUCUUACCUUUUUGACCAUCUGUGCCCAGCAAAUGAGAGGAGAUAUUACACAACGCAUGUGCACAGAAGCAGAAAUACUAGCUUAUGGCCAAAGUUUUGCUGGUGGGAAGUCAAGAUCCAACUUCUUGAAGCCCAACAUAAAUUGUAAUUUGACCUCAUGGGUUAAUGGUUGUGAACCCGGAUGGGGGUGUAAAGCUAAUCAAAAAGUAGACAUUGACAGUACCAAGAAAGAUAUCCCUGUUAGAUCUUUAGAUUGCCUACCUUGUUGUGAAGGGUUCUUUUGCCCUCGUGGUCUCACUUGCAUGAUACGUAAGCAUUUAUGUUCAUACAGCAACAUCAUACCAUUAGUCAUUGCUUUUAUUUAUCUAUCUGCUAUUGGCCUUGUCCACUAAUGUGAUAUACACUCUGAUAGGUUCAAACCAAAGAAUAUUGUAUAUAAGUAGUAAUGUGAAUGUGUUUGGAUGUUCUAAUUUCAUUCAUUUGUUGCGUAUUUUUGGUUUACUACUGAAGCUUGCCCAUUGGGGUCUUAUUGUCCUCUUGGAC